AUGCUGGUCUCUGCCACCCAGCCCCGCCUGCCUCUGCCUUCCUUGCUGCUGCCUCUGCUGCUGGGACUCACAGGAGUGACAGGUGAGCAGGAGCUCCAGGUGACUCAGCGUGAGACAUUGGUGUCAGUUGCGGCUGGAGAGGCGGUCACUCUGCACUGCGUUGUCUCCUCUCUGCAACCCGUGGGGCCCGUCCAGUGGUUCAAGGGGAAUGGACCAGAUCGGCAGUUAGUCUACAGUUUCAAAGGAGCCCUAGACCGCGUACGCCUCUUCCCCCGAGUAACAAAUAUUACAGACCAGACAAUAAGAGGCAACACGGACUAUUCCAUCCACAUCAGGAACAUCACCCCAGCAGACGCCGGCACCUACUUCUGUGUCAAGUUCAGGAAAGGGAGCCCUGAGGACGUGGAGUUUGAGUCUGGUCCUGGGACACAGAUGACUUUGAGUGAGGCCCAGGAUCCUCUUCCCUUCCUGGACGUCAGCCGGGAAGGAUCUUUAGACACCGCCCAGCCCAGCCCCCACUCACAGAUGGGACAUUUGAGGCCAGGAGACAACAGGGCCCUGACCGUGGUCACAGGGAGGACCACCCCUGGCCAGACAGUGACCUUCACCUGCGAAUCCCACGGCUUCUCCCCCAGAGAUGUCACCCUGAAGUGGUUCAAAAAUGGAAAGGAGCUCCCAGCCCUCCAAACCAAGGUAGUCCCGCUGGGCGACAGUGUCUCCUACAAGGUCUCAAGCAAGACACCGGUGAUGCUGACCCAAGAGGAUGUCCACAGUCAGGUCAUCUGUGAGGUGGCCCACAGUACCUUGCAGGGCUCUCUUCGUGGGACAGCCAACUUGUCUAACAUCAUCCGAGGGAACCAAGUGAACAUCACCUGCCAGGUGAAGAGUUUCUACCCCAAGAGCCUAGAGCUGACCUGGUUGGAGAACGGAAAUGUGUCCCAAACAGACUCAGCCUGGAUCCCCACCGAGGACAAGGAUGGGACCUAUAACCUGAAGAGCUGGAUCCUGGUGAACUCAUCUGCUCACAGGGAGGAUGUGGUGCUCACCUGCCAGGUGGUGCAUGACGGGCAGCCAGCAGUCACCAAACACCAGACCCUGAAGUUCACUGCCGCCUGGAAGGACCACACCAGGAAGUCAAUCUCUGCAUGCGCUGAACAUCACACCAUGGAGCAGCAUGGAGCCUACCAGAACCUGCCCAGCACUGAUUCCUGGCUCACCCUGUUGGCCCUAGUACAUGCCACAAACGACCCAUCCCAGGCCCUCCCAUUCAGCUGGACCUGCCCUGCUGCACCAUAG